GUAGGUACAUUAAUUCAAGUCAGCGGCCAGGAGAUCGUUCAUGGUCUCCACCGUUAAAUGUGGUAACACUAACGGUGAUAAUUGUUUUUCCGGGGAUUCUUCAACGACACUUGUAGCGUAUCAUUAUGUUUCUCUUUCCUUUUAUUUUACUUUUAACGUCGUCAGUGACCAGUGAGUACCUACCUACUCCAGCACAAUCGAAUAUUGUAUUGUUUAAAUAAAUUAGAAAACUAAAAUUAUGGAUGAAAAGAAGAAACCCAGUGGUGCAUUUAAACGUAAACAACGUCAAGAAAAAGAAGAAAGUAAACAAAAAUUGCCCAAAAUUGACAAGUUUUUUAGUCAGCCUUCUGCAAGUACAUCUGGCCAAAAUAUUUCUAUUGAUAGUGACUCAAAUAAUGUGGUAACUGCAGUGUUGGUGGAGAAGCCUACUGAAGAAGAUUCGACAAUUAUUGCAGUUGGAGAUACCUCCGCCGCCGAUCAUGUGAACCUGGAUGAUGUUUGCAUGACACACAUAAGAGCGGAGGGUUUGGAGGAACCACAGACCUCUACAUUUUUCGAAAAUGUGUACGACAAAUCUUCUUAUGACUUGGGAAACUUCACGAACAAAAUAUUAAGUGAUAACGAAAAACGUCAAAUUCUUGAUAUCGGGCCUUUACAGCCUUCAGGACCUUUUCCAACAGACAUCAACCAGAACAAUAGGUGUUUUUCAAAAUCGUACUACGUUUCGUGUUCUAAAUAUGGGCCAGUUAAUCGUUUUUGGUUAUGUUAUUCCAAAACACUAGACGCUGCCUAUUGUCAACCCUGCUGGUUAUUUGCUUCACAGAGGAAUAAUGUUUGGUGUGUGGGAAUUCGAGAUUGGAAGCAUUUAGCAGAAAGAAUUAAACAACACAGUUGUUCGAGUAGCCAUUCGGAAGCAUGUGCUGUGUAUGAAUUGUGGAAAAAAAACGAUACUAAUACUAUAGACAAGGAACUUGAAAAUGAAAUUCGCAAAGAAGCUUCAUUUUGGAAAAUGGUUCUUCAAAGGUUAUUCGAUAUCAUACUUACCCUAGCAAAGAGUUAUUUGGCUUUGAGAGGACAUCAAGAAGACUUAAGUCAGGAAGGAUACCACGGAAAUUAUCUGUCCUUUGUAGAGCUUGUCGCCCGAUAUGAUCACAUUUUGCGGCAAGUUUUGGAUAUGCCCAAAGGAUCUACAAGAUAUCUGAGUGCAACAAUUCAAAAUGAAAUGAUUGAAAGCUUAGGGACCAAACUCGAAACCCAUCUACUAGAACCAAUUAGAGCGUCACCGUUUUUUGCCAUCAUAAUCGAUACGACACAGGACAUAUCGAAGGUAGAUCAGCUAAGCAUUGUUGUGAGGUAUGCAGUAAUAACCAGAUCGGAAAAUGGACAGCCAAUUGAUAUAGAAGCAAAGGAAGUGUUUCUAGGCUUUUAUGCAGCCAUCAAACAUGGCGCAGUAGAUUUAGUCAACCAAGUGAAAACAGUAUUUAUCGACAAAAAUAUUGAUUUAAAAAAAUGUGUGGGGCAAGGCUAUGAUGGAGCCAGUGUGAUGAGUGGUGUGUAUAAUGGUGUACAAAAACAUAUCAAGGAUAUUCAGCCUAACGCAGAGUACGUACAUUGUGCCACUCAUAAUUGAAAUUUGGUCAUAAAUGAUGCCGUUAGCAGUUGUGUGGAAAUACAGAUUUUUUUCGCAACAUUGCAAGAUUUGUAUAACUUUUUCGGAAACAGCAUCAAACGUUGGGAUCUACUGUCAAAAUUCACUGGCGAAUCGGGGACCACUCUAAAAAAACUAAAUCCGACUAGAUGGUGCAGUAGGGUCAAUACGAUAUCUGCAAUAGAACUUCGUUAUUUUGAUAUUAUCAAAGCAUUAACAGAAAUAGUUCUAAAGAGUCCUAAUAAAGAUGAGCGUAGUGAAGCAGAGAGUAUUAAAACGAAAAUGCUAAAUUUCGAGGUCGUGUUGCUUUGCGAAUUCAUGCACAGUGUAUUGAACGACAUCAAUUAUGCAUCCAAAACUUUACAAAAAUGCGACAUCAAUUUGGGCGAGGCGAGUAAAGUUUUAGCAGAGAUCAAAGCAAAGUUGCAAAUUUAUAGGAAUGAUUUCGAAUUAUUCAAGUGCAAAGCCAGUGAAACUGCAAGAAAAUAUGGUAUUGUUACCCAUUUUCAAGAAAAAAGGCAAAGAAAAGUUAAAAAACAUUUUGAUGAAUUAGCUGCUGAUCACCGAUUUCCAAACCGAGAAAAAAUAUUUAAAAUUGAGAUUUUCAAUAAUGUACUAGACACAAUAAUAUCUCAAUUAGAUACACGUUUUAUUAGUAUGAGUGCAGUCUGUCAUAUAUUCGAUUUUCUAACACCAACAUUUUUAUCACAUGUUGAUGAAGCAACUUUAUUACAAAAGUGUGACGAAUUCCAAAGAAAAUAUUCAGAUAUAAUAGGCCCUAGUUUUUCACUUCAAUUUAUUAAUAUUCACCACCUAGUUUUACCUAAACUAACUCAAGCAUGGACUGUUCACCAAUUAUGUAAGGAAAUAAUGAGCAAAUAUGGAGUGCUAGAAUGUGACCUAACGGAAGUAUUUACAGCACUGUUAUUAUUUUUUACAAUUCCUGUCACUUCUGCAGCAGCUGAAAGGUCAUUUAGCAAAUUAAAAAUAAUAAAAAAUUAUUUAAGAAAUAAUAUGGGCCAAACUCGACUCCGACAUUUAUCACUAAUAGCAAUUCAAAACAAAACCGCAUCAAGCCUGGAUUUGAACGAAGUCAUUGAUACUUUUUCGAAAACUAAAGCUAGGAAAAAAUUGUAAAUAUAAUUGUUAUUUAGUCAAUUGGUAUGCCCGACCAAUAUAAGGGUUUAUGUAAUAAACCCUUGAAUCUUCUCUAUUUCGUUUUAUUAGCCAAACCUACACCAAGUAUUAAUUGUAAUUUAUGUUGUUACUGUUUAAUAUUUUUAUUACCUGCCCUGCAGUGCACAAAAAAGAGCUUAAGUAGCU